ACUUUGGGUUUCUUUCCUUGUUUGGUGAAGGAAGGUGGGUUAGUUUUACUUGGCGGUGGCGGUGGUGGUUCUUCUGUGGUCUCCACUAAUGAAUCUGCGGUGUUGUCUAAAGUGGAAGUUGUUUCUGAGGCUGAGAGCGAGUUGGAGUUGGGGUUGGGGCUGAGCCUUGGUGGUGGUGCUACAGGGAAGACCAAGGCUUCUAAUUCUUCUUGGGGAGAGUGUGGCAGAAUCUUGACUGCAAAGGACUUCUCUUCUUCAGUGGCUUCUCAAAGAACCAACAAUGGAGGUCCUUCUUCUGUUGCUGUUUCUGGGACCAAGAGAUCUGCUGAAUCUGUCUCCCAUGAUAGUGGUUCCCCUACUGCUGUCAGCCAAGUUGUGGGGUGGCCACCCAUAAGAACUUAUAGGGUGAACAGCUUGGUGAACCGAGCAAAGGCACAAAGAGGUGGUGAAGAAGACACACCCAAAGAUGAUUUGAAGAAGAAGCUCAAUCACAAUGGUAAUGAGAAAGGCCAUCUUGGGUUUGUUAAGGUGAACAUGGAUGGGAUUCCAAUAGGAAGGAAAGUUGAUUUGAAUUCUCAUUCUUCCUAUCAGAGCUUGGCUCAGGCACUUGAAGAUAUGUUCCUUAGAUCUGCUAAUUCAGUUGAGAAGGAACCAUUAACCGUGGCUUCUAUGCUUUUGGAUGGAUCAUCUGAAUUUGUUUUGACUUAUGAAGAAAAAGAGGGAGACUGGAUGAUUGUAGGAGAUGUCCCAUGGAGGAUGUUUGUCAUCUCCGUUCGAAGGCUGCGAAUCAUGAGGACCUCUGAGGCUAAUGGACUUACCCCGAGAUUCAACGAAAGCAAUGGAAGGCAAAGAAGCAAGCCCAUUUAAGCACAUCAUCGCCAUCAGCCAUUUACAAAUUAGAGAA